CUUUCUUCUGCGCAUAAACUACCACUCGUUGAAAAUUCUAUAGAGUUACGUAAAGCACUUCAUGUACCCGGUACGAUUGUAUGUGGACCAAACGUCAAUGUUCAGCCAAAGUGCAAUAUUGGACCAAUAGGGGUCACGGGACAAGAAUGUAAAAAUGAAUGGUGGCGUAAAGUCCCUCUAAAGUCUUUUAGAAAUGUAUAUCUUGAUGCUGUUGGUGAAGAAUUUAUGGUCAAUGCACUUGAUUGUUUUGUUAUGUCGCCACCAGAUUCAUUACUAUUUACGCCCCAACAUAACGAACAAAUGACAAUUUCCAUCUACUCAAAUGAGACUACAAAAUUAGCGCCAGCAUUAAAUCGAUGGAUUUUCUUUGGUGUUUAUUGGCCAUGGAUGAAAGAAAAUCCAUUAGAAACUCAUGUUGAUAUGUUCAAUGUUCCAAGUGUAUCAAUGCUUCAAUUCAGUAGACGAGAAAUCUAUCGAUUGGAUGGAAUGGUCGAAAUUAACUAUGAUGCAAUGACUUCACGUCGUAAUGUCAAUAAUUUCAAAAAUGAGACAACUAAAUGGGGCGUGAUACAUUUAAGACCUGAUUAUAAUCCACAAAUUGACGGAUACCUUGUUUCAGUACAACGAGAAAAUCCCAGUUUCCAAUACUACGAUCUUUUCGGUUCGAUCGGUGGAAGUCUUACCCUUCUCUUUCUUAUUUAUUCCUUCUUUUGGGGACAAAAGCGUCUUGAUCCUUAUGGUGUGAUGCAAAAAUAUGUAUUCAAUACGGCACAAUGCGAUUUCCCUGUCCCAUCAACGGUUCUAAAGUCAUCUAAUCCGGGACCCCGUCGUAAUCGAGUCGGGACUCCAUUAACACCUACCGAAACUACGUCACCUAUACGUACAAAUACCAGUAACAGCACCAGUUCCUCAAUUCUCAACUCUAGACCAGUUAAUGGAACUCGUGCUCCUUUACCUGUACAUGUAAAAACAACCAGACGUCCAAUGACUGAUGAUGAAAGUGAUACCGAGCGACUUGUGAAUAUGAUUACCAUGGAUACCAAUUGUGAUGACGAAAAUGAUCCGCCGCCGCCUUUUGUUGAUCAGGCAACUGCUAAUUCAGCUUCUAAUGCUACAUUGAUGGAUAAAGUUAAGACGACGGAGAAUGAAGUCAUUGCGUUGAAACAUGAAGUCAGAAUGUGGGAACGUGUUAUAAUGAAAUAUUUGGUUAUUAAUUCGGGUAGCAAUUUAGAUUAUUUUUAG